GCACUAAUUUAAGAUACAUAUGCUUCAUAUAAUCAUUCAACUUUUUUCUAUUCACGAUGUGGUUCACGAACUAAUUUUCAAACUAUUUUAGUUUUCAAAAUAUCUAAAUAAUGGCCGAUAUCGAGCUCGAUAUCGAUAAAUUAAUAUCAUCCUUACUUGAGGUUCGAGGAUGCCGUCCUGGGAAAUCUGCCCAGAUGACUGAAGGCGAAAUUCAAGCUUUAUGCUUAAAAUCUAGGGAAAUAUUUCUUAAUCAACCAAUUUUAUUAGAACUUGAAGCACCUCUUAAAAUUUGUGGAGAUGUACAUGGACAAUAUACAGAUUUAUUAAGAUUAUUUGAAUAUGGAGGGUUUCCACCUGAAGCUAAUUAUCUAUUUUUGGGUGAUUAUGUUGAUAGAGGAAAACAAUCUUUGGAAACUAUUUGUCUACUUUUGGCAUAUAAAAUUAAAUAUCCAGAGAACUUUUUCCUUCUAAGAGGAAAUCAUGAAUGUGCUAGUAUAAACAGAAUAUAUGGUUUUUAUGAUGAAUGUAAAAGACGAUAUAAUAUUAAGUUAUGGAAAACAUUUACUGAUUGUUUUAAUUGUCUUCCUGUAGCUGCGAUAAUUGAUGAAAAGAUAUUUUGCUGCCAUGGAGGACUAUCCCCUGAUUUACACACAAUGGAACAAAUCAGAAGGAUUUUAAGGCCUACAGAUGUUCCAGAUACUGGAUUACUAUGCGAUUUGAUGUGGUCAGACCCAGAUAAAGAUGUUCAGGGUUGGGGUGAGAACGACCGGGGUGUUUCGUUCACCUUUGGCCCCGAUAUAGUUAGCAAAUUUCUCAAUCGACACGAUUUGGACCUCAUUUGCCGUGCCCAUCAAGUGGUCGAAGACGGUUACGAAUUUUUCGCUAAACGCCAAUUGGUUACCCUCUUUUCCGCUCCCAACUACUGCGGCGAAUUUGACAACGCUGGCGCUAUGAUGAGCGUCGACGAAUCUCUGCUUUGUUCCUUCCAAAUUUUAAAACCUUCCGAGAAGAAAACAAAAUAUCAAUACAGUGGAAUGAUCAGUUACUCUUCGUCCUCUGCCGCGACUAACACCCAAAUAACGAAUAACUCAUAAGAGUUAACAUCGCCAAAUCGUUUUAAAAAUCAAGGUGCUUUAAUCAAUUUGGCUCUUCACUUUGACACAUCUCAAUCAACGCCAAAAUAAAUAAAAAAUAAUUAAACGUUCAUUUGCUCACCCACGAUCAAAUAAUUUUUUGGAGAAUUGACAUUAUUAUUUUUUUAUAAUAUAUAUAUAUAUUUAAAAAAAGAAAAUGGAUUAGCCCAUAUGACGAUACAAUUUGGUAGAUAAGAUACAAAUUAAUUGUAUCGCACGUAUCUUCUCUUCUUUUUUCUCUGUCUUAUUCCUCAAUUCACAAUAAUAAAGGCAAAUCGUAAAAGUUAAAUACUGUUUAAUGUUUUAAUAACCUAUACUUUGAUUAUAAAAUUUUACGGUUUCCACUCCUUUAUAUAAUACCUUUUUCAGAGAAAAGACAUAAUAAUCCUACCUAUAAUAGAUUAUAGUUAUUAUAGGAAUAUCCACAAUUUCAUUUACAAAUUUUAUGAUUUUUAAAUUUGAUAUCUGGAAUUUUGUUGCCUUCAAUGGAUUGCUUGCUUUAAUAUUUCAAAAUUAGUUAAAGAAUAAUAUUUAUUUUUUAUAUAUCAAAAUUCGCUAUAAAUAAUUACAUCCCUUAAAUUUGUUCAAAAUUAAUGAGUAAAUAAGGAUUUUUUUUGUAUUAUAAUUUUAUACAUAUUUUUUUUUAAAAUUAGUGUUGUAUUUUUAUAUAUAUAAUUGUGUACAGAUUAUUAUCUUGGCAAAAAGAAAUUUAAUAAUUACAAUUGCAAAUUUAUAUAUAUAUAUAUAUUUAAACUAAACUAUUUAUUUAUUAAAUUAUAUUAUCGGAUAUAAAUUUUAUAUUUUU